CAUACCGAUGACCGUUGACUUGCUUCGCUAUCGCUUAAUCUGAUUCUGAAUAGCAUUGGGUGGUGUAGUGUACUCUGUAGUUCGAGUUUUGACUUGUAAUAAUUAUCGUGCAUGCAGCGCUAGGAUAUCAAGAAUAAAAAAGAAGACUUCACUUACAAGAGUCCAGAUGUCGGAUACAGACCGGAAGCUUGUCUAUGCCAUUAUUCAAUUUUUAAAAGCGCAGUUGCGCGAUGGUGGUCUCAACGGUGAAAGUGCUGAGGGCUUGGAAGUUGGCAUACAAUGCCUAGAAGCUGCAUAUAACAUCGGCACUUCGGAGCCCUCUCUUGAUGUUAGUUGCGUCCUCCUUGACGUCUUCAAAAAGUAUCUAGCAGAGCAUCAAGAAGCUCUAAAGGAAGCUUCUGCUGAAGAGAAAGCCGCAGCAGAAGCUCUCAAAUCUGAGGGCAAUGCCCAUAUGAGUGCGCAGAAAUUCCAAGAAGCUGCUGCCUGUUACACAAAGGCAAUCAAGCUAGACCCGAAAAAUGCAGUUUACUACUGUAACAGGGCGGCUGCGUCCAACAAGCUGGCCCAAUAUGAAAGUGCAAUUCAAGAUUGCAAAACUGCUUUAAAGUAUGAUCCGUCUUAUAGCAAGGCAUAUGGCAGGCUUGGCCUGGCGUAUGCCAGCUUAAACCAACAUCAGGAGGCUAUUGGCUACUACAAGAAGGCAGUAGACUUGGAACCCGGAAACGAGAGUUACAAAGCCAAUUUAAAGCUCGCUGAAGACACUCUCACCAACAGCACUGCAGCGCCUCCUACCAUAACCGGACCAAUUCCAUUCCAUAAUGUAGAUUUAGCUACGAUAUUUACGAAUCCAAAUCUGCUCAAUAUGGCAUCGCAAAUGCUGGCCAACCCGUCGAUGCAAACAAUGAUGAGCAAUAUUCUAUCGGGAAAUUUGAAUCAGGAGGGACCUGUUGGCAUCGAUGUGCUCUUGCAAGCGUCUCAGCAACUUGCUCAACAAAUGGAGAACGAGAACCCAGCAUUAGUGGAGGAAUUGCGUCGACACAUGGGUGGAGGAGAUCAAUCCGGCUCUGAAGAUGGACCUCCUGGACCCCCUGGACCUCCUGGACCUCCCGGACCCCCUGGACCGCCUGGACCCCCAAACCCCCCCAAAGACGAGUCAAAUACUGGUUCUUAAGUCACCCGACUCUACCUCACCACAUCGUACAUUUCAUCAAUUUUUAGAUUUAUUCUUGUUUUUACAGUUAUAUGGCAAGAGAAAUUAUUAAUAAAUAAAUGGCUGCAUUUCCUUUGAAAUCACCAAUGAAUAUAUAUGCCUUAUAUUAAAAAAAUAAAGUUUUCCAAAGAGUUGGAGAAAAUUCUAUUAAAGUGGAAAACAUAUUGGUAAAUUUCUCUUGUUGGGUUUUUUUACUUUCUAGCUUAAUUAUUUUAAUCGUUCUUAUACCUAAGUUACAGUUUGAUAAAAAAAAAAGAAAUUAAGAUGAAAUGUAGUUGUGAGGUUUUACAUUUGUUAUCUCAAUGACUUUGUGCAUUUUACUAUUUUUGUUCGCACAAUUGUCAACUGGUGAACAUAGCUUUUCAUUGUUUUGUUUAUAUUGUUGUUAGUUUAUUUUUGAGUUACGACUAAGUCAGGCAAAUAGAGCAUAUUUUUGUUAGUUGUAAUAAACUUAAAAUAAUAUGCCAUUCUUUGUUAGUCUUUCCAUUUGCUAAUGUAUCAUAUUUUCUACAAUAAUAUUUGUACACAUAAUAUAAACAGUCUUGAUAAAAAAAAUGAAAAUUAUGUCAGUAUAAAUUAAUUGUGUUCUUAAUAACUUAACAGUACUUUUUGUUAGUUGACAUAAUGAUUAUUUUCUAUUUUAAUGUUCUUUGUUACAUAAAUACUGGUACUUUCGAAUAAAAAAUGUCCUAUUUGUUAUGUCAAUAUUUUAUUAACUGAAAUUACACUUGUUUGUCAUAUCUCAAAAGUGUAUAAUUGUUUAAUGGUUCAUUGUAAUUUAUUUUAAUGACAUAUGAAACUGAAAGACUCUGUGAAACACUAAUAAGAGCAAAUAUCUAGACUGCCCAAACGUUGGACAUUGGUGGUGCUACUUAAUAUAUUUAGUUAUAAUGUAUGAACUUUUAAUUGAUGAAAUGAUUCCAUGUAUGGUUUCAUAUAGCAAGACUGCAUAAAAUACCUAUUGAAUGAACCCUACAGUUAUGACUAAUUAAUGGCAUUUUGUUUAUAUUUAUUCCUAACAGACAAAUAUGUAAAAUUAUUUUAAAAUGUAUAUAAAAAUGUUCUUAAAAAAAUAAAGUAUUAAACUUU